AUGAAGGGAUUCACUGCCACCGUCCUCAUCUGGGCUCUGACCUCCCCCAAUGGAGGUGGUAGCCAAGCCUGGCCCACACACACGGCCUGCAAGGACGGGAGCUUGGAAAUACUCUACCAGAGUUGCGAUCCAUUACAAGAUUUUGGAUUUUCUAUUGACCAGUGUUCCAAACAUUUAGAAUCAAAUCUCAGCAUUAGAUUUGGAAUGAUUCUGAGAGAGGACAUCAAAGAGUUGUUUCUUGACAUAAGUCUCCUGACGGAGGGAGCGUCCCUCCUGAUUUACUCCUACCCCGUCUGUGAAGAGGACCUACCCAAGUUUUCCUUCUGCGGGAAAAAGAAAGGGGAGCAGAUUUAUUAUGCGGGCCCUGUCAAUAAUUACUCAUUCGAUAUUCCCCAGGGAGAAUACCAGCUUUUGCUGAAACUGUACAAUGAAAACCAUUCUACGGUGGCCUGUGCCAAUGCCACUGUCAUCUGCUCCUGAGCCGCUCAAAAGCACAGCAGCGUGCCUCGUGGGAUCCCCUGGCAUCUCAAACUGAACCAACUGAGUAAGCGGAACCAGUGGACCACAAAGAGACCUCUGAGUCACAGAAUCUACGAGAAGGCCUGCAAAGGCACAGGCACUGACGUGUUAGCCCCAGUACCAGGGGCCCAGACUCCACACGCGGAACCAAGAGCCCGAAAUUACCUGCUUCUCGGGAGCCCCCUGGUAGCCACCGAGCAGUCCUGAGGGCCCACCCACACCAGAUGCCCUCUA